CUAGCCUAAGUAGUAAUACUAUGACAACAACAAUAAGCAAGCAUGAGGUACAGCAGCAGCAGCAGCAACAACAACAUCAGCAGCAGCAGCAGCAACAACAUCCCAUGAUAACAACAACAGCAACAACAGCAACUACAGCAGCUACAGCAGCCAACACUGGACCACUGUGUGGUGCCAUGCAGCUACAAUUCGAUACGCUUAACAACAAUGACAUUGCCCCAGUCACCGCCAGCUGUGAUGAGCCGCAGUCCGCCGUCGACACUGCCCAAAAUGCAUUGCAUCAUGCAUCGCAGACAAAAGUGCUUAAACGUCGCUCCUUGCUCAAUUUCAAGUCCUUUGAUUUUCACAUCAAGUCCUUGUACAGUGGCUUGCGUGUUAGUGGUGCGGCCACAGUGGGUCACAAAUCCGCAUCUGCAUCUGCCUCACAAUCGCAGUCGCAAUCGCAAUCGCGUUCCUCCUCGUUGGACGUCGGUGGCAUUUUGGAUGCCCCAGUUGCAACUCAACGUCGCAUACCGCCGCAUUUGCGCAUCGAAGGCGUUGACGCGGAGCCGGAUCCAGAUCCGGAUCCGGAUGCAGAUCCGGAAUCGAUGAAACUACUGCUCGAUUAUACCGCAUCUCCGUUCACGCCGAGACGCAAUUCGAGCACCCAGCUGCUGCCCAUCAAUCGUGGCUCGUCCUUAUUGUCGCCUUACUAUUUGUCACCCUACAUGGCCGUUGGUGGUGCAGGCGGCGGCGGCGGUGCUGGUAGUAUUGGUGGUGCUGGAACCACAGCAGCUGGCGAUGACUGCGGUUCGGGGAACAUACGACGCUCCUCGACCUCGGACAUUGUCAACUGUCGACGACGCGGCUCCACGGCGAGCGGCAACAGCCGGCGGCCGAGCACCUCGGAUCUGUUGAGGCGGGCACGCGAGAGGCGUGGCAGUGAGGCGCGCAUGGGACGCAGCGUGUCGCACAGUGGCAUGCGUGGCAUGGGCGGCGGUGGUGUUGGUGGUGGCGGUGGCGGUGGCUGCAUGGGGGGUCGACGCACCAGCAUGGCGUUCUAGACAUCAAGCGGCUUGUAUUCAAAAUCAGCUGACACAAAAUGGCACUUAUGAAAUUUUUAGAAACUAACAAUAACAACAACAUAGAUACAAAAACUACAACAACAUCAGUGAGUAAGAUGGUAUUUUUUUUUUUCAAAGCAAUUGAAGUACUUACAUACAUGUACGCAAUACUAUAUUAUAAAUACGAAAUGCCUAGAGUAAUACAGAUCAUUUGAGCUCACCUAACCUCACUUUCGGUCCACAACAGACGCUGCAUACUAUAACCAUCUCGUUCACUCUAACGUUUACCUUAAUCCCAUGCAACUGUCUUUAUUCUAUCGCUAACUCUUUCACUCUCGCUCGUGAAUUUAAUAUCAUUGCUUCGUUCUCUCCCAUUUUUGAUGACAAUAUUAGAUCCUAACUAUUCAGAGCUAUUAACAAUUUUGUUUAACUUGUUUAGAAUGCGCUUUCGCUAUUUGCUUUAUGAGUAUUACACACACACUCACAUACACACACAAGCACGAUGAAUAAUAAUAUUUAACAAAAAAUAAAAGAAAAAACUGAAAAGCAAAAGAAAACAUUAACCUUAUGUGAAUGCUCAUAUCAACUUAACAGAAAAGCAAAUACAAGAAAAAAAUACAUAAAAAAACGAAGCUUUUUUUUAUUAAAUUAGCUAAAUAUAAUUAAUAAUUAUAACUAAUAUUAAGCUUAGACGGCGAACAGCGAUAACAAAAUUCAUCAAAUAAACAAUUUUAGCUAAUGAACAAUUUGAAUCAAAUCUUAUAUAGGACAUACAGCAUUAUGUAGUUAAAAAUCAAUUUGAACUUAACAACAAA